UCUGAAGGCGAAUGCGGUAGGCUAGGAAAAAAACAAGCAGGCAGCGCCGGAGAGACAAGACGGGCACAGUUUACCUCCACAUCACAAGAUCAUAUUUUGGUGCGGAAAUUUCACGCCCUGUCGGGUCGUGUUACCGUAGGAGACGGCUGUGGACAUUCACGGGAGGAAACAAUAGGAUGCAGUGUAGAUUCGUCUGGUGACUGCUCUGCAGGCUCUCCACUUGUCUCGUCCCUGGAACCAGGUGAUUUGGGAAGAGCAGAUUCCUGCAUUUCCCUUCUUUCAGUCUGAGUCUUUUUGUCGGGAAAAAUAAACAACUGCCCACCACUGGAGUACACAGCUCGUCCCUGCCCGUGUUGCUCGGAUCAGCACAGCUCAUCUCCUGACUAAGGAGAGCGCAGCAGCUGCACAAGAUUCACCUUCUACCAACUGAUCACUCCUGACCCCGCCCACACUGCCCUGUCACCAUGGUGCUGUCACAACGGCAACGAGAUGAACUAAAUCGAGCGAUAGCCGAUUAUCUACGUUCCAAUGGAUACGAAGAGGCAUAUUCAACUUUCAAGAAGGAGGCGGAAUUAGAUAAUAAUGAAGAACUGGAUAAGAAGUAUGCCGGCCUUUUGGAAAAGAAAUGGACCUCAGUCAUCAGAUUACAAAAGAAGGUGAUGGAACUUGAAUCCAAAUUGAAUGAAGCUAAAGAAGAGAUCACUUUGGGUGGGCCUGUAAGUCAGAAACGUGACCCCAAAGAGUGGAUCCCACGCCCGCCAGAGAGGUACGCGCUGAGUGGCCACCGCAGUCCUGUCACCCGCGUCAUCUUCCACCCAGUCUUUAGCGUCAUGGUGUCUGCCUCAGAGGAUGCAACAAUAAAGGUGUGGGACUAUGAGACAGGAGAUUUUGAACGCACACUGAAGGGCCACACAGAUUCGGUGCAGGACAUCUCUUUUGACCAGACUGGAAAACUGCUUGCAUCUUGCUCUGCUGAUAUGACUAUCAAGCUGUGGGAUUUCCAAGGAUUUGAGUGCAUCAGGACCAUGCAUGGGCAUGAUCACAAUGUUUCGUCUGUAGCCAUCAUGCCCAAUGGAGAUCACAUUGUUUCUGCCUCGAGGGACAAAACCAUAAAAAUGUGGGAGGUGGCAACUGGCUACUGCGUGAAGACCUUCACAGGACACAGGGAGUGGGUCCGUAUGGUGCGGCCCAACCAGGACGGCACACUGAUUGCCAGCUGCUCCAAUGACCAAACGGUGCGUGUGUGGGCCGUGGCAUCCAAAGAGUGCAAGGCUGAGCUGCGGGAACAUGAACAUGUGGUGGAGUGUAUCUCUUGGGCACCAGAGAGCUCCUACCCCACCAUUCUUGAUGCCACAGGCUCUGAGUCCAAGAAGAGUGGAAAGCCAGGCCCCUUCCUGCUUUCUGGCUCCAGAGACAAAACCAUCAAAAUGUGGGAUGUUAGCACGAGCAUGUGCCUUAUGACACUGGUUGGCCAUGACAACUGGGUGCGUGGUAUCCUCUUCCACCCUGGAGGCAAGUUCAUUGUGACCUGUGCAGACGAUAAGACCUUAAGGAUCUGGGACUACAAGAACAAGCGCUGCAUGAAAACCCUGUGUGCCCAUGAACACUUUGUUACCUCUCUGGAUUUCCACAAGGCUGCUCCCUAUGUGGUCACUGGGAGUGUAGAUCAAACAGUAAAAGUGUGGGAGUGCCGCUGAUUUGGACCUUGGAGGAUUGGACCAACAUCCCAAUUACCCAAGCGUUCCUCUGGAUCUGACCUCCCCUUCCACCAUCCCGCCUCUUCUUUCAACCCCAACCCCUCCUCCCCCUCACCUAACCCUGAGCCUCACCCACACACCAUCAUCAUCUCCUCCUCCGGCUGCACUUAACACCAUGGUUAUCUAUCCAUCGCUCUCUCUGGUCCAAUAACUAUUGUCCUUCUAUGUAAAUUAUUCCUGGAUGUAGAUCGAGCUAUUAAAUGUUACACAAAAAAGUAUUCUUGCAUGGUAAUCCAAAAUUGUAUACUGUAAAUUUACAUAACGUCUAGAAGUACCAUAGGUUUACCACGGGGCUGGCCGUCUGUCACGCAGCCUUACCGACCAACCGAAGGCAGAUGUUUUUGACUGGGUGUAAAAUGUAGGGCACUAAAAAAUGAUAAUUUAAGAAAUGACAGUGUCUUUAUGUGUAAGAUUUAUUUUGUCUAUUUUUUUAUUUAGGAUUUUGUUUUCUCUGUUUUUUUUCUCUCCUUCACUGUCAUAGUCUGUUGGUGCCUAGCUUGAUGAAACUUUUGAGAGAUAAGGAAGGAAAAAGCAUAUUUGAUGCGAUAAGAUACGAUUGUCUGUGGGGCUUUGUUAUUGAAUAAUCUGUAGCUUUAUAACAUCACUUCUCAAGUGUGCAUACCAUUUCUCUUCAUGUGGAACUAGGUAAUAUUUUAAUGGCUGUACAUACGAAUGUUUCAAACGUUUGUCCUUGGACCUUGGGGGCUUUAAAAGAGCUUUGUACUCUUGUCAUAGUGGCACAUUAACCACUGAUAGGCUUUAGAUAAGUUAUCCCAUCUAAUCAAUCAGCACAGAAAAAGAUAAAAUAUUUAAAAAGCUGCUUUUGUGAAAUAACCUCACUGUUUUUCACAAAAGCAUAAAUGUAAAGAAGUUUGUCUGGCCUUCACCAUCAGUGAGCGCUGUGGGCCACAGGACACCUGAGCAGAGUUCAGGGAUUACACCUGUUUAAUCUUGAGCACUUGAUAAAGUCCUUCGUUGUGUCUCCUUUUAGGAGACGAUUCCUUGUGACCUUGCAUGUCAGACUUUCAAUGAACUGAAGCUCCACAGUCUACUUCUAGUCCUCUUAAUCAGUCAGUCUUGGCACGGUUUGGUUUACUGUAGGAGCUAUAUGAAGUCAGGAGAUGUUAUGUUGGCCCAUUGCGCUUCUGAAGACCAUAAACAAAAGCCAUUGGUGGAAAUAAACCUGCUGACAGGAAACAUUAAAGUAUGAUGAAGAGUCAAAGUGAGCCCCCUGGGUUUGAUAUCUGGGAUGUGCAAAGAUCUCUAAUUUCUGAGGGUAACAAUGUUUUGAAUAGAAAAUUCAGUUUUCUGUGAAAAUAUGAAAUGUAAAUUAAGCUUGUUAUUAAGAGAUUUGGCAAUUUUGUAUUAUCGCACUAAUGGAUGAACUGGAUGGGAAUUAAAGAAUAGUGAGAACGCUAGCAGCAGACAUGCAAUGUGAUCUGUUGAAGGGCCUGAUGCUGAGGCUGCUCCUUGCUGAUUAAGGAGGGCAGUGGCAGCUCCUGGAUCAGAUAUGGAUGAGACUGCUGAAAAACCUGAGCAAAGAGCUUGUCCACAGAUAAAUCCCCCUUCAGACCACAUCAAACAUAUGCAACGUCCUCUGAGUGGCUUUUCUCAAAUGUUUAGCUCUUGAUCUUUGUUGAGGGGUCAGUUCAAAUGAGAACAUUUGUGGAAAGACUGGAAAAUUACUGUAAACCAGUCCAUACUGUAGAAACAACCAUUCCACUCCUUGUGAAGGAGAAAAAAUGAAAUAUCUUGCUUCUAACUGUAGCUGACAAGGUGAUUCAUAAAUCUUGCACAUCCCUCUUUUCACAACAUCUUUGGUCCUUGAUUGAUGAUCAAAGACAACAUUACAAUUUGAUGCUGUUGAUAAAUGCAUAAACCUAUAAUUUCUAAUUAGCCUUUUCAUUCCAAUGCAGUUCUUGGCUAAUAAAGAAUUCCACUGCUUAACUGAUCUUAUCUUUGCGUCUUUGCCACGUUUUUCCUCUUCCUGUGUGUACUGGAUGUGGUGAACUGCUGCUCAAGCUCCUGCUAGUGGCUAAUGUGAGCCUAAUGUGACCUGUUGAUGUAGCACUGCUGCAUGUAACCCUGCACCAGGGGCAGAGCUGUCAGAACAGUAUUAUUGUUAAAGCUUGAACACUGAAGCUUUCCCUUCACUUACCUAUUAGUCUGAAGACUCUUUGUGCUUAAAUUACCUGAAUUUUUAAGAAAAUAAAGAAAUUUGAUAUGAGAAAAUUGACAUAGCUCUCAUAUUUAUACUAAUAAUAUAUACCUUUUGGCUUCCAGCCGUUUAGGUUAGCGUAACAUAAAGAGAGGACACGAAUAGCCUACCGUCUCAUAGAUUUGAUACAAAAAUGCCACUUUUACACCUUUGAGCUUUUUAAAACCAUUAUCAAGUAAUGAGCUCAAAAUGGAUGGCUUCAAGUGUCAUGGUAGAUAUGAUUAUUGUGCCUCUGAAAUUUAACACAGGGAUUUUCCAGGACAAUUUCAGCUAAAGAUGAAGUUUAAAUACCUGUAAACUAUGUAGCCUCCUGUUAUUCUCUGAACCAGAACAAGUCCCUUUAUGGGAAGUCUGGUUGUUUGCUAGCAGUUUACAAUGAAGUUUUAUGCUAAGCUAAAUGGGUACUAGCUCAAGCUAUAUAUUUACAUUAAAGUAUUACAGUUUUAUGAAUGAACUCAACUUUCAACUAUGUGGGAAAUUCAAUGAACAUGUUUCCAAAGGACACCUGUCCUCUUUGGUAGUCCAUUUAGCUGGGUUCAGACAGCUCUGUGCUAUGGUUGUAGAAUGGCUGGAUUUGGUGUUUGUGUGAUGCAAUUUGAAGGUGUUUAUUCCCCUUCUUCUGUAACUGCAACGGGAUUGUGGCAGACUAGGAUGUCCCAAAGGAGAACCCGUUUCUUUCAGGGAAUAAAAUGUAUGUCUCCUUUUGGUGUGUGCCCCCUUACAAAAGGUCUAUUUUUGUUUGUUUGUUUUUUUUUUAAGCUGUUAUCUCUAUCCCUACUUCCAAGGAAGACUUUGGAUGGAAAACCAGCAAAUUUUGUAUGACAAUUUGGCAUGGCUAAUGAAGAUGCCACUUUGUUAAAUGUUCUUGCUAAAGCCAAAAAUGGAGACGUUCUUCUGUACAAUCUGGUUUAGCUUGAUGAUUCAGCCUCUCUAGGUCCGACACUGUUUGGCCAACUUUUGAAAAUGAAAAAUGGCUCUAGUCUCGUCAGGAUCACGCUAUGACAUGCCAGACCGUAAAAUGUAUAUGAAAAUCUACUUCCUCUCCUUGGUUUUAUUCAAGGAAGGCUGUUAAUCAAAGGUCAGGAUGAUGUGUGUUCUGUUUCUUUUUUAAAAUAAAUAAAUAAAUUCAAAAAAGCUACAACACAGGUGCUGCCGUUGUAUGCAAGUGUGUACCCUGUGGAAGAAAAUCCCCUUUUGCCAUUCGCAGGUCCCAAGCAAUCCCUUUGCUGCACUGGUUGGGUGUGUGAAGGGACUGACAGACAAGUUUUGAUUGUCUGUUGGCUUUUCCUUUGAUUUCAAGUCCAUCUGUCCUCUUUACCUGUCCAUGAACCACAUUUGAGGGCUUCAGACUGCACAACAAGCUCCUACAGGAGAGCUCAUGAUGUUUUCACCACUAUGGUCUCACUCAUCACUCAGCAAACUGUUAACAAUAUACCUGGAUGUCAUUAUUGUUUGCGAUAUAAUAAAAGUUGAAAAUCUA